AUGAGUAACACAUCUACAUCAAAUUGGAGUUUUUCUUUUUACGAAGAAAGCUACGACGAAACAUAUGUCAAUACUUCAGAGGAGAUUGAAGAUGCAGAGGAUUUACAAUUGAAUCCUAACAACAAAUUUAUACCUAAUGAAUCUAGUGAAAUUGACAACAACAAAAUUUUAAGUCAAUAUAAUCCAUUUAUUAUUGCCAAACUCAACUCAAUCAAAAGAUUUGAAUCAAAAUGUAAAUCUAAUGUCUAUAACAAGAAGUUGAUUAUUUCAGCCAAGGAUGUGAAGGAAACUUUAAAAAAUGCUAGUCUGAACAAAAAAGAUAUUUUACUAUGGAAGGACUUAACAGACUGGAUUAACAGAAAAGGCAAUCCGUCUACUAUAUUAACCUCAUUUUUCAAAGAUAAAACAGGAGCAGAUAAUAUUGUGCUUUCAAAAGAACAUCAAAAUAGUUGGACUACUUUUGGGGUCGUGCAAAAUACAAUUUAA